UUGACUAUUAUUACUAUAAUUCUUCUAUAUCUGUGUAAUGAAGGUUUGAUACAUAAAAUUAACUACCAGGUAAUUUUCAGAACUUCUCUAAUUCCAGUACCUGAUUAAACAUCUUAAUCACUCAAUAAAAUGAAAUUGGAUUUCGUGUAGACACUUUUGUCACGCAUUCACACAGUCAUGACUUUAGUGGCCAUCCAAUCUUUAUCAGACGGUCCAGAAAAAGCAUAUUUAAAUUUUAUUAUAUAAUUCCUAAAAUACCGAACUUAAAUCAUGGGUGUCCGAUCUUGAUCUAACAGUCACCAACAUGUGACUGCGUGAUUUGUCAACUGCAAGAAAUUGUGGUCCCACACCUUAAUAAUGUACACAAUUUCAUAAUAUCCAAUGCAACUGUCAAAACUAUUUUUGAAUUCAUGUGUUGACAUGCAAUGAAUGUGAGCUGGUAUGUAGUAGUAGUACUUUUCAGAAAUAAAUACUUUCAUCAACCUUCAACCGUUCCUUCUUAGUCAUACAAGAUAUGAAUAAUAAUGUUAUGCUUCAAGCCUUCAACCAAUUUCAAUUUAGCAAAAGUUUCUGUCAUAUUAAUCCAUUGACAAUGCCUCAACUUAAGCUCCUUAUCACUCUUCUUCACACUGUAACCAUAAUUAUAUGUUGUGUUUCCACUACUGAAUUUGUCUAUAAUACAAACUUCAACUCCACAAACAUCAUCCUAUAUGGAAAUGCCACCAUUCAGACCUCUAUUCUCACUCUCACUAAUGGUAGUUUCUUCUCCAUAGGCCGUGCUUUUUACCCUAAAAAAAUACCUAUCAAACCACCCAACUCUUCCACCAUUCUCCCCUUUGCAACCUCCUUCAUUUUCUCUGUUGCCCCCAUCAAAAACUCUAUUGCAGGACAUGCCUUCUCCUUCCUAUUCACAUCUUCAAGAGAUGUAAAUGGCACAACAUCAGCUGAGUAUAUGGGCCUCUUCAAUCUCACCAAUGAAGGUAAUCCUAACAACCAUGUUCUUGCAGUUGAAUUCGAUAUAGCUAAAAACGUAGAAGAGUUCAACGAUAUAAAUGACAAUCAUGUUGGUGUUGACAUAAACUCACUUACAUCCUUAACUUCACAUGAGGCUGGCUACUGGGGUGGAAAAUAUGACAAUGAAUUUAAGGUGUUGAAGAUAAAAAGCGGAGAAAAUUAUCAAGUAUGGAUCGAGUUUAUGCACUCCCAGCUAAAUGUUACAAUGGCUCUGGCAGGACAAAAGAGGCCCCAUGUUCCUCUCAUCAGUACAAAUGUUGAUCUUUCCGGGGUUCUUAUGGAUGAAACAUAUGUUGGAUUCUGCGCAUCCACAGGGCGAUUAAUAGACAGUAGUAAGAUUCUUGCUUGGAGCUUUAGUAACACAAAUUUUUCAAUUGGUGAUGCUUUAGUGACAGAUAACUUACCUUCAUUUGUCCCUCAUAAGGGAUGGUUUUCUGGAGCAAAAGCUAUAGCUGUAGGAGUCACUACUGUUGUCUGUGUGUUAAUCAUCGGUUUUGGUUGUGUAGUGUUUUUCAUCCGAUAUAUAAGACAAAAGGGAGAGGAAGAAAUUGAAGAGUGGGAACUAGAGUACUGGCCACAUAGAAUUAGUUUCCAAGAGAUUCACGCAGCAACAAGAGGGUUCUCUGAAGAGAAUGUGGUAGCUGUAGGAGGUAAUGGAAAGGUAUAUAAAGGGAUUUUGCAAGGAGUUGAAGUUGCGGUCAAGAGAAUCCCUCAAGAAAGAGAAGACGGAAUGAGAGUGUUUUUGGCAGAGGUUUCAAGCAUAGGAAGAAUGAAACACAGAAAUUUAGUAGGGUUGAGAGGUUGGUGCAAAAAAGAUAAAGGAAACUUGAUUCUAGUGUACGACUUCAUGAAUAAUGGAAGUUUGGACAAAUGGAUAUUUGAGUGUGAAAAAGGAAAGAUGCUAACAUGGGAAGAGAGGAUUCAAGUUUUGAAAAGCGUAGCCGCGGGGAUUCUUUACCUGCAUGAAGGUUGGGAAGUUAAGGUCUUGCAUAGGGAUAUCAAAGCAAACAAUGUUCUACUUGACAAGGACAUGAAUGCUAGAUUGGGGGAUUUUGGUUUGGCUCUUAUGCAUGAGCAUCAUGGACAAGUUGCCAACACAACAAAAGUAUUAGGGACAUUAGGAUACAUUGCUCCGGAAGUGAUUCGAACAGGAAAAGCAUCGACUAUGUCUGAUGUGUUUGGCUUUGGAAUAUUGGUGUUGGAAGUAAUCUGCGGGCGAAGACCUAUUGAAGAACAUAAGCCAGGGCUAAUUGAAUGGGUGGAGUCUCUAAUGGUGCUUGAUCAAUUGGACAAUGCUGUUGAUGAAAGGUUGGAGACGGAAGGAGGAUACUCCAUCGAAGAAGCUGUGAGAUGGCUUCAUUUGGGUUUGUUGUGUACAAGUUCAGACCCUAACGUUAGACCAAUGAUGAGGCAGGUUCUGAAAAUGUUGGGGGGAGAAAUUGACAACAUUGAGUGUGAUGGUGAAAAUAUGGAGACAAGUUUGCUUAGAAGAAUACAAUCAGCUGCAACAUGGUCUAGAACUGAUCCGUGCAGAGGUCAUCCUACCUUUGAAGAAAUUAGAAUGAUCAGUUAUAAUUCAAAGACCUCAAGUGAUAUCAUUUGGGAAGGUAGAUAAUGUUAUUAAGUUUUAUUUAGGGUUAGAGUUUAAACUUUUAAGUUUAUCCAUCAUGUUCUGUAAUGAAUAGAGAAUAUUCAAAGUCUAAGCUUAUUUUGAGUUUAUGUACACUGCACAGCACCACUACCCAAAACAUGGAAGUUGUUGUUUUAUAGAACUUUCAUCAAGACAUGUGUGCUUGUGAAACAUCCAAAAAAGGAUGCAUGCCGUGCUUGUCAAGGUAUUUGGGGAAUGGAUUUUUCUAGAGUUGUGUGAGAGCUAUUUUGAUAGCAACACUUCUUUGCUUUUGGUGGAUGUGAAUGAAACACAACUGUUCAAGCCCUUCACGGAUUAGGAUCGGAACUACACCCCUGCAGUUGAUAUCUGAUAUGUUAACAUUGUUUUCUUUUUCUUCUAUAACUUUAUAACAUGUUAUCAUAUAGUGUCAUUUUUUGAAGGCCAAAGUUCUUGGUGUAGUGUUAUAAAAUUGCAGGCGAUCAUUGGAAAAUGCAACUUUUGAAUGAACGAGUCGAGUCAUGACCAUCGAGGUUGGACACCUGAUUACGAAGAUGCGAUUAUUGCUAAACCAUUUAUAAAACCCAUGAAAAAAAAUUCCAAA